UUUUUAGUUUUGCUUUUUAGUUAACAAUCUCAUAGAGACUUUCUUAAUUUUUUUUUUUCUUGCAUAGCCACAGUUUCUCAGAUCCCUCUCUCUGUCUCUCAUACAUAAAUGUGAAGACUUAUGUGUGUGCCUUCUGGUUAUGGUAUAAGACUGGCAGUCAGAAGACUUCUGUUCAGCCCUGCUUGACCUUGGGCAAAUCAUUUAAAUCCUCAGUGGUUCAACUUAUUUCCUUAUCAGUUAAAAUGAAAGCAUAAAUAUGUCCCUGUCUCCAGGAGUGUUGUUUAGCGCAGGCAUUAGUGACCUACGGCCGCCAGGCUGGAUCAAGCAUACAAAGAGAUUGCAUCUGUCCGAGGAAGGUCCAACCUAGCCUGGGGUGGCAUGAAGGACUGGGCAGCACACAGCUGUGUCAAGCCAUUUGUCUGCAAUGCUGCACUAUGCCUGUACUUACUUUUACAGCAGAGGGGCCUAGUAUUUGCAGUGAGGUUAAGCACAGGCAGCUUGAGCUAUGAGAAGAUUCAUAGCUGUGGCUGGGAACAAUGUCACAAGCUCCAGCCCUGCAUGGCUAAUGUUGCUGACCCCUGGUUUAGUGUAAGGUUUUCACUGUUUCAGUAAGUUUAAACAGUUUAUACUGAUUAAUAGUGAAAUCUCUGUUUAUUGUACUUAAAAGGGCACCAGCACCUAGAAAUUUGGUCAGCUAAGACAAGUAAGUUUAGAGUAGUCCAGAUACUGUCUUGCCCCAUGACACCUCUGGCCAGGUUUUGUCAACUUACAUUUCACAUUUUGUUUUCUCUGUCUGUUGUUGUAUAAAAAAAACUCAGAGACACUUUGCAGAGGUGCACAUGACCGCAGAAAAAUGGCGGGGUGGUAGAGAAUUAUUUCUGAGCAAGCCACCUGGGCUGCAGAGAAUUUCAUUCUAAAGUAUAAAGAGUACCAGUAUGUGUAGUGUUUAAUUUCAGAUAGACCACAACAUAGCAUUUGAAACAAUCAUGUAUUUUGUGUGGUUCUACCAGUUUACGUAAAAUAUUAAAAUUUGGACUAGAAAAAGAUCUGCUAAAUUUCAGAAGAAAUAAAGCUAUCACAACAACAUGCUUCAAAACAUGUUCAGUAAUAAUUAUUAUUUGACAUUUAUAUUUCAGUCUUGCAGAGAGGCCAGAUUGUGCCAGGCUCUGUACAGAUACACAGUAAAUGGCAUUCUAUGCCCCAUAGUUACAGUUUAAAAGAUCAGGUGAAACAGAUGGCGGAGGCAAACAGCCAGACCUGAGUAUGAUGAAAUCUGCUCUAGGUAAGAAAAAUGGCAGGACAUGCACAGUUCUUAUCCAGUCAGGACCAGUAAUAUCACAGACAUACAGGUUGCCUCCCUUUCAAAUAGAGAAUGCAGCAGUUCAGCUUUGAUGAAGUCUAGGGUGCCUCACGGGAGAUAUGAAUAUCAUUUGGUAGGAGUGGAUUUUAUCAGGGUGAUGGCAUUAUACAUAUCCACCCCAGUCCAGUUAAUGGACUUUGUAAGUAGUGUCACCCUUAGCUCAGAUUUCCCUUCAGUGCUGCCAGACCCUUUUAUCCAAGGUACGUGGGGAAGUCUGUGGGGCCUUCCAAGGAGCAAAAGAGGGCAAGAGAGAUGGUUUUUGUUUUCAUUUUCUUAUUAAGAUUUUGUAUUGAACAACUACUGGUAAUUUCUUUUUCUUAUAACAUUAUAUAGAUAGCAAUGAGAGCCUGCUUUAAGCUACAGCCAGCUGGUCUGUCCCAUACCCUACAGUCAAGAUGCCACCAAAAUGGAGGAUGGACUUUGAUGUCUACCACCGUAUUGUUCUAUAAUGAUGACAGUUACGCCCUAAUAUGGUGGGACAGGAGCUACAAACUCUUAAUCAAAGGUCACAGGAACCUGAUUCUUUAAGUCUGUCCUGUAGCUGCCAACUGCAUCCAAGAAGAAAGGCUUCUCUAGGAAUAUUGCCCUGGGUUCAGUGACUUAGCCUAAUGUUUUUAUAAUGGAGAAGGAGGCAAGCCAGCUGGAGAAGGACCAUGUCCAUCAUGUGUAUGAGAAAAUUGCUCCUCACUUCAGUGACGCACGCUACAAAGCUUGGCCAAAGGUACAGAAAUUCAUUUCAAAUCAAGAACUGGGCAGCCUGAUUGCUGAUAUUGGCUGUGGAAAUGGCAAAUAUCUCCAUAUCAAUUCGAAAGUCUAUAAACUGGGCUGUGAUUACUGCUUCCCUUUGGUAGAGACAGCAAGAAAUGAUGGCCAUGAAGUAAUGCUAUGUCAUAGCCUAUGCCUACCAUAUCGGAACGAGUGCUUUGAUGCUGUCUUAUCCAUUGCUGUGAUCCACCAUUUUUCAACAAAGGAGAGACGCAUGCAAGCAAUAAAAGAGAUGGCUCGUAUCUUGAGAAUAGGAGGCCAGAUAAUGAUAUACGUGUGGGCAAUGGAGCAAAACCGGCGAAAAUUUGAAAAGCAAGAUAUCUUUGUUCCUUGGAAUCCAUCACCUCCUUCCUGCGCAUCGGGUAACCCUUGUUCACGUGGAAUAUGGAAACUGAUUAAUCAGAAGGACAAAAAGCUGGCCUUGAACCAGCAUUCCCACAAGUCAGAUGGGCCUUUGGAAGCACACAGGAAAGCAAAGAGUUCAUCCUAUGUGGGGGAGAAGGAAAUUAUGUGCACAUUGUUUGAAAAAUCCCUGAGAUGGUCUCUAGUCUCAAAAUCACUUGGUUCAGCAUUAGACUUGAGUAAUCAGUGGCACCAAGGAGAGAUUUGCACAUACUGCACUUACAAUUUUCAUCUGAGUGAGCCAGAUAGAAAAAAGGAUUUUGAACAAACAAGGCAAAGUAGCUUUAUGAAGUAUAUUUCCAACUUGCUUCCAAGCUGCAGACCGAUUUCUGAAGAUAAUGCUUUUGAAGUGGCUGUGGAACCAGGGCCACUUGUGUCAUAUCACUCUGUGGCCUUCAAAAGUUGUUCCAAAUUAAGCCAGGACACUAAGCAGCUUCAAGUAGCUGCAGAUAUAACUCAUGAUUGCAGCAGUGUGUGUUUACCUGACCUGGUUUCCCACAACAAAGACCCAGCUGUCACACAGCAACUUAAAAUAGAUCACCACCCAAAACAAGCAACUUUUUGCAGACCCCAAAACAAAAGCAAAAUAAGCAGUUCUUUGGAGGGAACAGGUAGAGAGGAUACAAUAAGCACACAGAACAAACAGCAGCAAACAAGCUCUAAUGGGGCCUGUCUUAGGUAUUACCAUGUUUUUAAAAAAGGAGAGUUGGCUGAACUGAUAGAACAUCAGGUUCCUGAGUUACGUAUUAUUCAUUCAUACUUUGACCAUGCAAACUGGUGCGUAAUUGCAGAAAAGACACCUGGGGGGAACAUUUAGUAGAUGAUUUUGAAAGACACAAAGGGCAGUAGGUGCCUCACUUUUUGAAAGUCAAUAGGAGUUCAGUACCUUUGAAAACCACAUACUAAACCUUUUUUUUCUCAUUGCUUUUAUGCUCUUUGUUUCUUUUACUCUGUGAGUUCCACGGUCAUGUAUCUUUUCAAAAACAUUUUACCCUGAUGAAGGGUUUUUGAACCCAAAAGCUUGCUUAAUAACUAUUCUCCAAUCAUUUGGGUUGGGCUAAUAAAAGAUAUCAAAUUCACCCAA